AUGUUGGACUUCUUCACCAUCUUUAGUAAAGGCGGCAUCGUACUCUGGUGUUUCCAGGGCACGUCUCAGCUGUUUACCACGUCUGUUAACGCAUUGAUUAAGUCUGUGAUACUUCAGGAGCGAACAGGAAACAAUACGUUUUCCCAUGAGUCGCUGCUGCUAAAAUACAAACUCGACAAUGAGUUUGAACUGAUAUUUGUGGUGGCCUAUCAAAACAUACUACAGCUGUCAUAUGUCGACAAGUUUCUGACAGACAUUCAACUGGAGUUCCGAGAGCGCUACAAGAAUGUACUUCUCAACUCAGCAUAUUGUAACCACAACUUUGAGGAUUUUACAGGAUGCUUUCAUAGCCUGCUGAAGGAGAGAGAAGAAGACAGUCGAAAAGAGCAGAUGGCAGGAAGGAAGAUGAGAACCUUUGAAGACUCACAAAAAUCAAAGAAAACUGUUUCCUCGAUGAUUGAAAACAAGAAGGAUGAGAAGAAACUAACAAAGGGAAAAGAAAACAAGGUUCCCAAGGGUAAGGCUACAGAACCACCAGUCACAUCUAAAGCAUCUCCUAAGGUGACUUCAGCACCACCAUCAUCGCCGCAGGUAACCACAUCAGCACCGACAACCAACGGUGAUGGAGGGCUGGAUGAGGAGACCAGACAGCGGAACUUGCAGAAGCUGUUGAUGCGUGGCAAGAAGCCAGGAAACACUGUGACAGACAAAAGUCCAGAGCCACCCAAGCGCAAGGGAAAACAGGGAACCAAGUGGAGCAAGGAAGGAACUGCAAAGGACAUGCCAGAGCUGAACUAUGGCACCGAUACCGGGGCCGAUGCUCCCAUGAUCACACAGGAUGAGAUCAAGCUGGUGGGACAGAUGUCCGGGCAGCUACCAGACAUUGAAACCAAUGAUGAUGAGGAUGAUGAUGAUUACGAAGAGGAGAAAGUGGUUCAACAAAAGAGCAAGGCAGCCAGCAAAUCCAGCAGUGGUGGCGUAUUUGGGCUUUUCCGGGGUCUAGUCGGAUCCAAGACUUUGACAGCAGAUGACCUCAGACCUGUUUUGGAGAAGAUGAAGGACCAUUUGAUUG